AUCAACGACUGGGUCAGCAACCAAACGAAUGGCUUCAUUGAUGACCUCAUCAGUCCUGGGCAGCUUGACAGCUCAACCUUGAUGGUGCUGGUGAAUGCCCUGUUUUUCAAAGGAACUUGGGAGUUGAGGUUUGAACGGAACAAUACUAUGAAUGCUACUUUCUUUGGGAGCAAUGGAGAGGCGCAAGCAGAAAUGAUGACCCAGACUCAGGAAUUCAGGUACAACAGGGAUACUCAGGUUUUGGAGCUCCCCUAUGUGAACAACAGGUUCAGUAUGAUCCUUGUGCUGAGCCCAGAAGGCGCCGAGUCGAGCUUCCUGGUGGACACUGCGGCUGAUCAACUGGCCACCACGCUGGACAAGCCUGGCUUUGACAAACUCGAGACAGCUGUCACUAUCCCGCGGUUUGCCUUUGAGGAGAGCUAUGAUCUGGCGCUGAUUAUGCCUGAGCUUGGCACACAACGGGUGUUCACAAAUGAGGCUGAACUAGACGCCAUUUCUGACGUGCCCCUGAAGGUCGACACAGCGGUGCACAAAGCCAGAAUUCUGGUGAAUGAAGAAGGAACCACCGCUUCUGCAGCGACCUCCGCAGCAAUCAGGCCCCUCAACUUUCUGCGAGAAACCUUCACUGCCGACCGCCCUUUCACAUUCUUCAUCCGCGACAACGAAAACCAACUGUUCCUAUUCAUGGGCGCCUACUCCAAUGUGCCAACCUGA